AUGAAUUUUUUCCAGGAUAGCACGGCAACCUCAUCCUUGCAGCGGAGUAUACACAUGGUUUUAGAGUUUGACGGCAAACUCGCCCAGGUCAAGCAAAGCUAUGUGAAGGCACAAAGUUCGAGUUGCGCGGUGGAGGGGCACCGGAUUGAGCCAACCUGA